ACAAGUUGCCAAUUAUAUAGCUCCAAAUCGACAUCCCCUUAACUACCUCUAUAAGCCCCCCCUCCUCCCAAUCUCCACCUUCCGCAGUUGCAAGCAACAGUGUUGGGUCGACAAUGGAGUCGACCCCUUCCAUUCUCUUCUUCCUCGUCUUUGUCGUCAUCGUCAACGUCAUCUCCCUGGUUUCCUCCUCCGACGCGGCGCCCCUGAUCGAGAUCAACGUGUGGCCGAAGCCCAUCUCUGUGUCGUGGUCCGGCCCCGCCGCCAUCGCCGUCCCCCUCUCCCCCUCCUUCCGCGUCCUCAAUCCAUACAGCGAACACCCUUACCUCUGCGCUGCCGCCGCCCGCUACACCCGGCUCCUCCUGCUCGAGCGCUACCGCCCCCUCCGCCCGCCUCACCUCAACCUCUCUUCGUCCGCGCCCCCGCUCAGCUCCCUCGCCCUCUCCGUUGUCGACCCCUCCGCCCCCCUCCGCCACGGCGUCGACGAGUCCUACACCCUCUCGAUCACCGCGAAUGGCUCGUCCUCGGUCGCCGAGCUCUCCGCCGCUACCCCCUGGGGCGCGAUGCGCGGCCUCGAGACUCUGUCCCAGCUCGCCUGGGGCAACCCGCCCGCAGUCGCUGCCGGUAUUCGCAUCGAAGACCGCCCCCUCUUCCCCCACCGAGGCCUCCUUCUCGACACCUCCCGCAACUUCUACCCCGUCCGCGACAUCCUCCGCACCAUUCGCGCAAUGAGCCACAACAAGCUCAACGUCUUCCACUGGCACAUCACGGACUCCCAGUCCUUCCCCCUCCUCCUCCCCUCCGCGCCCCAGCUCGCCCUCCGCGGCUCCUACGGCCCCGACAUGCGCUACACCCCUGCCGACGUCCGCCGCGUCGUCCGCUACGCCAUGAACCGUGGCAUCCGCGUGAUCCCCGAGAUCGACGCCCCCGGACACACGGCGUCGUGGGCGGAGGCUUACCCGGAGAUCGUGACGUGCGCGAACAAGUUCUGGUCGCCGCCCGACGGUCCGGCGCUAGCGGCAGAACCUGGCACGGGGCAGCUCAACCCGCUCGAGCCGGAAACGUACGAGGUAGUCCGCGACGUGCUCCGAGGAGUGGCCUCCCUCUUCCCGGACCCCUUCCUCCACGCAGGGGCGGACGAGGUGAACCCGGCGUGCUGGGAGCAGGACCCGGCCAUCAGACGGUUCCUUGCCGGCGGCGGCACCCACGACCAGCUCCUUGGGAUGUUCGUCAACGCCACCCGCCCCUUCAUCGUGUCCGCCCUCAACCGCACUGUCGUCUACUGGGAGGACGUCCUCCUGGGCUCUACCGUGAAGGUGGUGUCCCCAGGGCUGCUGCCGCCGGAGACCACCGUGCUCCAGACCUGGAACAACGGGCCCAACAACACCAAGCGGCUCACGGCCGCCGGGUACCGCGUGAUCGUCUCGUCGUCGGACUUCUACUACCUGGACUGCGGCUUCGGGGGCUGGGUGGGGAACGACAGCCGAUACGACCGGCAGACGGGGGACGAGCCGGGGCGACCAUUCAACUACGCGGGCGGGGACGGCGGGUCGUGGUGCGCGCCCUUCAAGUCGUGGCAGCGGGUGUACGACUACGACAUCACUCACGGGCUAAGCGCAGCAGAGGCGGAGCUGGUGCUGGGUGGGGAGGUGGCGCUGUGGUCGGAGCAGGCGGACGGGGCGGUGAUGGACGGACGGCUGUGGCCGAGGGCAGCGGCGAUGGCGGAGGCGCUGUGGUCGGGGAACCGUGACGGCGACGGGAGGAAGCGGUACGCGGAGGCAACGGACCGGCUCCACGAGUGGCGGCAGCGGAUGGUGAGGAGGGGGAUCGCAGCGGAGCCCAUCCAGCCCUUGUGGUGCGUCAUGCACCCGAGCAUGUGCAACAUGGUUCAGUAGUAGACGAAGACGUGAUCACCUGACCGGGCUCGUUGCCUCUACAUGCCUGUCGAUUUUACUUAUUACUCCAGAUAAAAAUAAAUUUGUAUUUCUCA